GCCACGUUGGGCGCACGCCCGCGUCUGGGCUGUUGCUAAGCGGCCUAGGAGACCCGAGCUCGGGAUGCUGGGCGACGUGAGGUGAAGAUGGUGAGCGGGCCGCAGGCAAGCAUGGAGAAGGAACUGAGGAGCACCAUUCUCUUCAAUGCAUACAAGAAGGAGGUGUUCACCACCACCAACGGCUACAAGUCCAUGCAGAAGAGACUUCGGAGUAAUUGGAAAGUUCAGAGCUUAAAAGAUGAAAUCACAUCCGAGAAGCUGAUUGGGGUGAAACUGUGGAUUACAGCGGGGCCAAGGGAAAAAUUCACUGCGGCUGAGUUUGAAGUCCUGAAGAAGUUCCUCGACAGUGGUGGAGACAUCCUGGUGAUGCUAGGGGAAGGUGGAGAAUCCCGAUUUGAUACCAAUAUUAACUUUCUGCUAGAGGAGUAUGGAAUCAUGGUUAAUAAUGAUGCGGUGGUUAGAAAUGUCUACUACAAAUAUUUUCACCCUAAAGAAGCUCUUGUUUCCAACGGAGUCUUGAACAGGGAAAUUAGCCGAGCUGCUGGGAAGGCCGUGCCUGGCAUCAUUGAUGAGGACAGCAGUGGGAACAAUGCACAGGCUCUCACCUUUGUUUAUCCUUUUGGCGCCACACUGAGUGUCAUGAAACCAGCAGUGGCUGUUCUGUCCACGGGCUCUGUCUGCUUCCCACUCAACAGACCCAUUCUGGCUUUCUAUCACGCAAAGAACCAGGGGGGGAAGCUGGCAGUGCUUGGCUCUUGUCACAUGUUCAAUGACCAAUAUUUGGAUAAAGAAGAAAACAGCAAAAUCAUGGAUGUUGUGUUCCAGUGGCUCACCACAGACGAUAUCCACCUGAACCAGAUUGAUGCCGAGGACCCCGAGAUUUCUGACUACAUGAUGUUGCCUGACACAGCCACGCUGUCCGAGCGGCUUCGGGUGUGUCUCCAGGAGGGCGAUGAGAACCCGCGGGACUUCACCACGCUCUUCGACUUGUCCAUCUACCAGCUGGAUACUGCCUCCCUCCCCAAGGUCAUCAAGGCUCAUGAGCAACUGAACGUGAAACACGAACCACUUCAGCUCAUCCAGCCUCAGUUUGAGACGCCGCUUCCAGCUCUGCAGCCUGCGGUUUUCCCUCCUAGUUUCAGGGAAUUACCUCCUCCUCCUCUGGAGCUGUUUGACUUAGAUGAGACGUUCUCCUCUGAGAAGGCACGGCUUGCUCAGAUUACCAAUAAGUGUACGGAAGAAGACCUGGAAUUCUAUGUCAGGAAAUGUGGUGACAUUCUUGGAGUGACCAGCAAACUACCAAAGGACCAACAAGAUGCCAAACAUGUCCUGGAGCACAUCUUCUUCCAGGUGGUGGAGUUCAAGAAGUUAAACCAGGAACAUGACGUUGAUACAAGUGAAAUGGCAUUCCAGAACAAUUUCUGAGGACUGUGACUCUUGAAACAUUGUCUGUCUCCUGAUACUCUUUUGUAAGCUGCUUUCCAGUUGCUCCUCGGUCCUUCAGCUGGACUGUCUCUACACUCUGCUUUGUGAACUGGGAAGUCUGUGCAUCUUUCAUGGUACCCAAUGGGGUACGGGCUUUCUAAUUUACAAAGUCUAUGUAAGAUAUGUUCCAUUUAAAAAAUUAUCUGCAAUACUCUUUUAUAAUUCAUGAAACAGUUUUUUAAUUGAAGUCUUUUUUUUAACUCUCACGUCUGACUUUGAGUCCCUUAUUAAAGGCACACAUCACUCUGA